GAGCCUGUUCGUCCAUGGCAGAAUCCCGGUCCUGGCGGUGGUUAUAACAUUACGUGCGCGCUUCGGAAUAUGCCUUGAAGCGGGUAAUUGGCCGGUGUAUGGUGAAGGAAUGCAGGGACGACUUGUUCCAUUUGGUAUUCAGGCCCCAACUACGUAUGUCGUCCUGUCGAUCGGAAGCAUUUCUUUUUCUUCCUCCCAUCAUGUCAAAGAGAGGCAGGGUCUCUCUCGAUGCAGUGGGCAACCCGUUUUUUGGACCGACGAAUCUUCCAGGGCCCCCGGACGAAACUGAAGAAGAAAGGGUGAAUCGAUUAAAGCAACUACAGGAGGCGCAAACGGUGUCACGCCAGAUUGACGAGCACCUGUUGGAGACGAAGAAGGCGCUGGAGAGACGCAAACGUGCAAUUAAGAUGCUUCUGUUGGGUCAGGCCGAGUCAGGAAAAAGCACGUUGUUGAAGAAUUUUCAGCUUGCCUUCACUCCCAUUCAAUUCCAAAACGAGCGUGGAGUGUGGAGGAGAAUAGUCCAGCUGAAUCUCAUCAAUUCUGUGAAGAUCAUUCUCGACGCACUGCAAAGUGAAUGGAGCACUGCAGACACGCCCUCGACUUCCCUAGGAAAAGAACACCGCCGGCUUCACCUACGACUCUCUCCUCUGCUCGUAUAUGAAACUGCUUUCAACGAGAUCCUCUCACUGAACCCUAAUGCGCGAGACAUCUGUGUACGAGCCGGCAGUGGAUGGAAAUCGACGCUAAGAGGAGACCCUCCUCGACCCUCUCUGGACGAGCCUCGAAAUCGAGAACUUCUCAUUAGGAACGAUCCAACGCAGGUCCUAGAAGCUUCCUCAAACGAUAUCCUCACUUUGUGGACCGACCCUGCAGUGCAGGACGUCUUAAACUCGCGUGGGAUACACCUGCAGGAUUCCUCAGGGUUUUUUCUAGAUGAUGUAGCGAGGGUGACGAAGAAGGAUUACAUUCCUACGGAAUCGGACAUCGUACGAGCAAGAGUCAGGACUAUUGGUGUCGAGGAGCAUCAUUUUGUCGCUGAAUCAGGGACAGAUAAAGGAUCCGAGUUCUUCAUCGCGGAUGUCGGCGGCAGUCGGUCAUCGCGUGCAUCGUGGAUACCAUACUUUGAUGAUGUGGAUGCAAUUCUGUUCUUAGCGCCAUUGGCCUUUAAUCUAUCCCUGGAGGAGGAUCCUCGAGUCAAUCGUUUGGAAGAUAGCUUGCAGUUAUGGCGGGCGAUAUGCGAGAAUAAGCUUUUGGCGAAUUGCACACUGAUCCUUUUCCUCAAUAAGAAAGACAUACUUGCAAAGACGUUAGCAUCGGGCGUUUCAGUUAAACGAUAUGUUACAAGCUAUAACGACCCAAAUGACGUCCCUCACGUAACAAAGUAUUUCAAAGACAGAUUUAAGAGUUAUCACAGAAAGCUGUCAUUGCACCCUCGACCCUUCAUAUCCUACGAAACGUCUGCUAUUGAUACACGCGCCACAAAGGCCGUUGUACUCGCAGUGCACGACAGUAUUAUCCGGAGAAACCUUGCCAAAAGUGAUUUAAUAUAGUGUAAUCUAUCAUGUAUCUGGAUUAUUCCAUAUUUCUGGAGUCGACCUAUCAAUUACAAACUCCUAACCGCUUUGAUAUCUGAUCUAAGUAUUUCGCGC